UUGGAAUUCAAGAUAGAAAUGUUACUCAGAUUAAUUUGCAUUCUCGUUUCAACAGUUGUAUAUUGUACAGCAUUUGAUUUAUUUAAAAAAGCACGUGAGCAUGUCAUUCUUGUAGCUGUAACCUCCACUGUAAGAUGUGCUUUACACCAAUAUUGUGACUGUGAGCUACCCGAAGAAGAAAAAGAAUGCUGGGAUAUCUUCGAUGCUAAAUCUUGGGAAAUCAUAAGAAGAACGAUGAGAACAGCCUGUAAUUUGAGCAUUCCAGAAUGUGAUCCGGGGAAGGGGAGAUAUGAGUGCCUAAUGUCAGUCGCAUGCAAUGAUACAGAAAGAGAGAAAAUGAGCUCGGCAAGCUGUAUAAAAGGAACUUUCGAAAUAUUAGAGUACGAAUUAUCCCUUGAUCCAUCUUUAGGGGAGAUUGCAACGAAAUUUAAGGUAUGUUUUUAUCCAAUGACUAUGUUCUGCUUGGCAUUACCCAAUUACUGUAAGAGUGAUUUGACGAAAUGAGCUGAUGAAAUGAGAGAAUUCUGAUUUCUUAGUAUGAAAAAUAGAGAAGAAAACUUCUUAGAGAAUAACGACUGAUUUGUGUCAUUAACACACUUAUUAAAAAUAAAUAAUGAACCCCUUGAGAAAUUUUUUUUACACUCUCUUAUUCAGAAUGCAAUAAUAGAAUCGAUAUUAAUAAGGCCUGCAUUGUGUUUUGUAUUUUUAACACAGUUGCACUCCUCAUACAUAAAAUAUACUAUAGAGGAUCGAAAAAAUAUAUACUUUCAUUG